AUGAAAGAGGGCCCCGUGAGACAGAGUUUGAGGGUCCAGUUUCGCAGGGACCCCAGCCUCACAUUUGAAGAUCUGAGGAAGGAGGCGUUAGCCUUGGAGGGCGACGAGGUCGAGAUGUCAGAGUUAUCCAAAACUCUCCUGGGAGAGCUGCGCCAAGGUAGGGCGCGGGAGGAGCCCAGGCCGGCACCCCGAGAGCGGGUGUACUCGGAGAGGAGCCGAGAGCCGCCGGGACGCCCAAGCCGCUACAAUCGACCCCGUUUUGAAUGGGAUGACCAGGGACGACCAAUUUGCAAUCGUUGUGAAAGCCUCUCCAAGGAGAUAUUCGGACGAGAAGGAGUACAAGGAGCGGAGGCCCCCUGGUUGACAUUGAAGGGCGCUAAUGGCCUGGAAAUCCCCUACAUUGGCUAUCGCCUAACGGACCUAGAGGUGCAAGGGGUAGUCGUCCCCCAAAAGGGUGUGGUCAUUGUGGAGGAUAGAUGUUUAGGCACCCACAGAGCCCUAUUGGGCAUGAACGUCCUCUCUGAGUGCUGGGAGGAGAUAUUCCGGGAGCGAAGCUAUCGUCUGGGCAAGAGUGCCCCUUCGGGAAGCGAACCCCGAGGAGUGGGUGUUGUCCAAUUAUAUCGACACCAACGACUGGCCCGGCUAACGACGGUCACGCCUCACCAGGUGAGAGAAGAAAGGGACGUUAGUUUUCGUCAGGUGUGCCCCACUGUGAUCGAGGUGGCCCUGACCCAGAUGGACGCCCCGGCGAGUAGCCAAGGGGGGGGUGUGCCGAAACAUCUGGCGGGUGAGUCACUGCAAGGGGAUGACCUGGGACAGGUGCAGACGCAGAAACUGCAGGCACUCCUUCGGAAGUGGCAACAUGUGUUUGCAAGGCACGAUGAGGACUAUGGGUGCACCCGGGUGGUGGAACACCACAUCCCCACUGGAGAUGCGGGGCCAAGCAGAGAGAGACGGUUUAUUAAAGAUUUCUCCAAAAUCGCCAAGCCCCUUAACCAGUUGCUGGUUGGCACAGGACGAAGCCGGGGCCGUGGAUCGCCCUCGAUUAACUGGGACGCAAGUAACCUGGGAUUGGGGGCGGUAUUGGCCCAACGACAAGAAGGAGCUGAGCGGUGGGCCUUAAGCGAAAAGUUCAAGGACUAUCUUUGGGGAGCUGAGGUAACGAUCAUUACAGACAAUAACCCUCUAGUGCAUUUACAGACGGCGAAGUUGGGGGCUGUGGAACAGCGAUGGGUGGCCCAGUUGGCCAACUUCAAUUACAAGUUACAGUAUCGGCCCGGGCGAGAGCAUACGAACGCAGACGUCCUUUCAAGAUUGCCGGAGGCAAAGAGCCCCAGAUGCCAGGGGGAGCAAAGGGAGGAUAGCCAUGAGGAAGGCUAUAUGAUAGGGGUCGUGGAAGCACCAGGAGGCCAGAAGGAGGCCGUGCCAGGGAACUGGGGGUGGGACCCCCGCCGAUGGAUAGAGAGGCAAGCUCAGGACCGAGAUCUGCGCCAAGUGAAGGUGUGGGUGGAACAGGGCCAACGGCCCACGCCGGCUGAAAGAUUAGCCCAGACGGAGACGGGGAAAAAGUUGCUGGGACAGUGGGAGAAGCUGGAGCUACAGGAGGGGGUGCUUUGCCGGAAAACCCGCGACCCGAAAUUGGGAGAAGAAGUGCGCCAGAUUGUGGUGCCCGCCGACCAGGUAAAUGCAUUGGUCUCAGUCUACCAUGACCAGUUGGGGCACCAGGGACAGGAGAGAACUGUAUCCCUACUACGUAGAUUUUUCUACUGGCCGGGGCUGGAGGCGUCUGUGCACAACCUAAUUCAAGCUUGCCCCCGGUGCAUGUUGUUCAAGUCUAGACGAGAGGCCCGAGCACCGAUGGUACCCAUCCAUGCGAAAGCCCCCCUCCACAUAAUGGGCAUUGAUUUUCUGACGCUGGGCCGCCCUCAGGACCGUUAUCAAAACAUCCUGGUCAUCACCGAUCUGUUUACCAAAUACGCCUGGGCAGUUCCAACGCUUGAUCAGACAGCCAAUACCACCGCCACAGCCUUAUGGCGCCAUGUUUUUCAGGCGUUUGGAUGCCCCGAGUUCCUGCACUCCGACCAAGGGGCGAAUUUUGAGUCCAAGGUGAUCCGUGAGUUGUGCCAGUUGUAUGGGUGCACGAAGACCCACACAACGUCGUAUCACCCCCAGGGAAAUGGAGCCUGCGAGAGGUUUAAUCAGACCCUAUUGGGGUUACUGGGGACCUUAGACCAACAGCAGCAGAGAGAUUGGGUGAGUGCUUUACCGAACCUCUUGCAAGCAUAUAAUAAUAGUGUUCAUAGCACAACGGGGUAUGCCCCUACUUACCUGAUGUUCGGCAGGCACGUGCGAAUGCCCACUGACUUGGUCUUGGGGGUGGCAGCGGACCAGGAAGAAGUGAGUGUGACAGAGUGGGUGGGGCGCCAUCACCAGCGCUUACACUUCGCCUAUGAACAGGUGUCGAGGAGAAUACAGACGGUAGGAGAAAGGAACAAACGGCUGUACGAUCGGACUGCCCGAGAUGCCCCCCUGUUACCAGGUGAGAGAGUCCUGGCGAGAGAUAACCGGCGGCAGGGGAAGGGGAAGCUGAGUGACCGCUGGGAGGCGAUCCCGUAUGUGGUCUGCAAGCAGCAGAGGCCGGGACAACCGGUGUAUACCAUCCGACCCGAGGGAAAACCUGGCCCCGAACGCGUGGUACAUCGCAAUAUGCUUCGCCCCUGUCCGAACUACCCCGAGGCAGUGACAGAAGGGCCCGCCGAGCCAGUACCGGAGGCCCCCUGGUUGGAAGGAUGGGCUGUGGUACCAGGAAGACCCAUGGUAGCGCUACCCCCGGCCGCCCAGAGGCAGCCAGAGGUGGCACCCGAGCCCGUCGAACCCCCAGUGGCCCAGAUGCAGCCUGAGCUGGCACCAGAGCCAGUUGAACCCCCAGCGGCUCAGAUACAACCAGAGGCAGUCCCUGGGCCAGCCGAGCCCGAUUCACCCGUCAGGCGCUCCCAACGAGAAAGUCGAGGACGCCCCCCUGCCCGGUACGGGGAGUGGACAACGCCGAGGCAUUCUAGGGACUAGAAUGUAUUGGUGGGGGAGGAUGUCACAGGAGUGACGAUCUUUGAGGCGGAACCAAAAAUUGGGAAGUUUUGGUUCCGCCCGGAUGUUUCCGCCCGGACCGGAAAGAGCAAACACCGGACAUCCGGUGGCGCCGCGAACGCGGAAAAUCAGCUAAACUACACACAGCUGGGAGCGAUUAAGGGGAGCGCCGGGUGAUUGGAGGAGAACAGCACCCAGGGAGUAUAAAAGGACAAGGCAAACCACAGUCUGGGCUGAUGUUAUCCACUGAUGUGUUGGUGUGUGUUGUAGUGCUGAGUUGAGCUCGCCUAAAUACGCUAUAUUCGGAUUGUUGCAUUGCUCUCUCUCCACGUAUGGAUUAUAGAUCGAUGGAAAGGAGGACAUUAAAGACCUUAAGGGUGAAGUACUAGCCGGACUCGGACAUUGUUUGAGGAAAACGGAAGGAGAGGAAAACUUACCACUGUGAGUACGUAUCUGUGGGAAGAGUGGUGUUUGUGGUUGGAGAGCGCCCCGUCUAGCUGCCUGAGCUACUGUUUAUAUGAAAACAACCUAGGACGAAGAAAGAAAGAGAUUGUGAGUAAACUAAACCCUUGAAGUGAAUGUUGUUAUACAUAUUGGAUUGAUUCAUUGUUUGAGUGUUCUCAAGAGAGCGAUCGGGUGGCCCUACCCCUGGACCAGCGUGGUGGGUGAGCCGAAGGGUUCCGUGGGAAAGCAGCUACAGCAAUAACCGCAAACAAACGCUAGGCCAUCUACCAUCUCCCUAUUUCUCGCCCAGAGCGACGUGGAAGAGGACGGGUGUCUAUUGUGUGCACUGAGCGUGGUGGGAGUAGAGGCAGGAGGGACCCGCCGGCCCGAGGUCUCGACGAAAGGGCGCCCCGGUCCAGUUUUCGAUUGACCAACGGGUCUCGAGGAACGGGCAGCGUUCGACCCGGUGUGCCGCCAGGGUUCUCGCCCCUCUGUUCAUCAACGAGUUCGCCGAGAGGGUCCUGGCCCCCGGAGUCCCAGUACAGACCGUUGCUUAGCCGCCGCAUUGCAGAACCCAGCCAUCUGUGGAGAGAAAGAGAGCCAACGUGAACACUGAGAGAUUGAGUUUUGGAGAGAGCCAUACCUACCUGACCGCUGUAAUCAGCACAGAGGUGAGCGACGUUCUGAGAACAAUUCAUUGUGUCCUUGUAU